AUGCUUUAUCCCAUCUUUGCAACAAUUCUUUAUUUGAAUAGUAUAAUACAAGUUUUGGGUGUUUCAGAAGUGAUAUCAUCUUCAUUUUAAGGAAAUAGUUUUUCUAAUGCUGACAAUUGGGUGGUCAGAGGUGGUUAACCAGUAUUCACAGACUGCAUGGGCACAAGAUUAUUUGGAGGUUAUCAGGCCUUUGCGAGAUAAAUAAGUGUUACUAAAACUUUUUUACUACCACCUCAUUUUUAAGUAAAUUUGCAAUUGUAAUAUUGGAAAAUCGAUUCAUGGGACGCUGAAUUUGCAAAUAUUUUUGUUGAUUACUAGUUGGCAUGGUAGUAAUAAUACAAUUACUAUGAUGGAACUUAGAUGUGUGGUGGUGGAUGGUAAGAUUUAUUUGUGAAUUUGAACUUAAAAAUUAAACAUAGCGGUAAUACAGCUGUAAUAGUGAUAACGACUAAUUUAGACGAAACACCUGACAAUGAAUCUUGGGGAUUUAGAGAUUUCAUUUUAUCAGUUGAGAAAUGCCCAGAUGGAUGUUUAGCAUGCUAAUAAACUGACACAGAUUUGUAAUGCGCAAUCUGGAAGACCCUCUAGACAAGUUGGACAUAAUUGAAUUAAAAUCAAAUAUUAUCUGAUGGUUGGAACGUACUUAAUGGAAUUCCCUAGGCAACAUCAUGCGGAGCUGUUACUUUAUUUGGUGGCUAUAAUUUGCUCGCAGCUGGCGCAGUCAUAAGCAAAACUUUUCUUAAUAUUCCACCCCAUCACAAAUUAAAGAUCUAAUUUUUAUGGGCUAAGAUAGAUUCCUAUGAUAAUGAAGCAGGUUAGAUGAGAGUAGAUGGUGUUUUACUUUGGGAAAGAAGAUUUUAAUGGUAUGAAGGCUACUACUGGAAGAUUUGCGGAAACUUAAAUGAAUAACACAGAACUAUAUUUGUUAGAAAUGAAUUAGAUUUAAGUCAUACAAACAGUCAAGUUCAAAUUUCAUUCACUUCCACAUUAGAUGAGCCUCAGGGUGAGUCAUUUGGUCUAAGAGACUUUGUUAUUUUUUAUGGAGCUUGCACUAGUAAUUGUGCUAAAUGUACUGGACCUAGUGGAUCUGAAUGUUAAGGUUGUGUUAAAGGAAGUUAUAAUACUGGGGUUAUCGAUAGCAUAUGUUAAUUGUGUUAUCCAUCAUGUUACUUAUGCGAAGGAUAAAAUAUAGACGACUGUAUUGAUUGUGGAGACCCAAAUAUAUAUAAUAAAUAAUUAGUAGAUGGAUAAUGCAUCUGCGUAAGGAAAACAGUAGAAUAAACUUAGAUUGAUGGGACUACGAUAUGUUUACCCUGUCACCCAAGAUGUGAAAGGUGUUAAUGGCCAUUUGAUAAUUCAGCUAAUUAAUAUUGCUCAAUGUGCAUAGCAGGAUAGAAUAGAAUUGUCUCUGAUCAACUUAAUUGUGUUUGUAAACCAGGUUAUGGUGAAGAUGGUAUUUCUGAGAUUUGCUUUAGAUGUCAUUACACAUGUGAGAAUUGUAAUGGUCCUUUAGCCACUAAUUGUACUACCUGUUCAUCCUCGUCUAAACGUCAUCUGACUUCUGAUAAUCAGUGCUUAUGCAACAAAUCAUAUAAUGAUACCGGCACUAACGAUAUAAACUGUUUAUAUAUUUGUCACUAUACCUGCUCUGAUUGUGACUUGUCUGGAGAAGAUUAAUGCACAAGUUGUCCAGCUACAAGGUAACCAGAUAGAAUAGGAACCACAUUUAAAUGCUUGUGCAAAGAUUCUCAUUAUUUCAGUGACAAAACAGAAUUAGAAUGUUUGGAGUGUCAUUUCACUUGCAAGACUUGUAAUGGAAGUUAGAAUAAUAAUUGCUUAACAUGCAACACUACUUAUCGCCAAUUAGCAAUGUUUAAAUGCAUAUGUCCUGAUGGAUAUUAUGAUAUUGGUUUAUUACAAUGUUCCCCUUGCCAUUAUACAUGUUUGACCUGCUUUGGUCCUGCUCUAGAUAAUUGUCUUACAUGUGCUUCUAGUAAUAAUAGAGAAUUUAAGACUAAUACAUGCUCGUGUCAAAAUAACUAUUUGGAAAAAUAAGUUGGUGACCCAAUGUGCUAUAGCUGCUCAUAUCGUUGUGCUAAUUGCAGUGGUACAAUUGACAAUUGCACAUCUUGUCCGCUCUACUCUUAUAGAGAUUUAGGAACAAAUAAUUCUUGUUCUUGCCCAGCCAAAACGUAUGACUAGCCUAACAAUCCAAUCUGCAUAGUUUGCCAUAGCACUUGCUUAACAUGUAAUGGAGCUUAAUCAAAUUAGUGCACAUCUUGUUAUACUUAAAUUAUGAGAUAAUUGGAUUCUUCAGGGUCCUGUUUAUGCAUGAGUAAAUACUAUGAUCCUGGAAAGCCUGAAUGUAUAGCAUGCAGUGCCUAUUGUUUGAAUUGUGUAAGCUCAGCUGAUAACUGCAUAUCUUGUAAACCAGAUAGAUACCUAUAAGGAAAUGUUUGUAAUUGCAAGACUAAGUCAACUGGAGCUACCAUUAGUAGUUAUUAAGUUUAAGGCAAAGUUGACUGUUGUCAUUAUUCUUGCUUAGAAUGCAAUGGAUCAAAAUUAAAUCAAUGUACAAAAUGCAUGGCUAGUGAAAUGAGAGUUUUAUCAAAUUCUACUUGUCCUUGUUCACCUCAUUAUUUUGAUAUGGGCAAACCAAUGUGUUAAUAAUGCAAUUAUAGUUGUGAAACUUGUGCAGGAUUUGAGACUACAUGUUUAACUUGUUAUCAAAACUCUUUUAGAACUCUUACAAAUUAGUAAUGCCUAUGUUAAAAAGGAUAUUUUGAUGAUGGAUCUAAUUCUACAUGCUAAAAAUGCCACUAUUCUUGUUCUUAAUGCAGCUCUAUCUCUACAAAAUGUGAUACAUGUUCAUUGACAUCCAAUAGAAUACUUAAUUUAUAGAUGUUUACUUGUAAUUGUUCGGAUUCAUAUUAUGAUGUUGGAGUGGAAACUUGUGCAAAAUGUCAUUAUUCUUGUUUUACUUGUAAUUAAUCUGGAUAUUAAUUUUGUCAAUCUUGCGUAGAUAAGUCAACUUCAUUUAGAGUCUUUAAUUAAGGAGUAUGUUAGUGUUUACCUGGAUAUUAUGAUGAUGGACUUUCUCCUAAUUGCAAUAAAUGCUAGAGUUCAUGUUUGACUUGUUAAAACACUGCUGAUUAUUGUACAUCUUGCGAAGCAACAAGAUAUUUAGAAGGAAAUACUUGUCCAUGUUAUUCAGGUUAUUUUUUAAAUAAUCUGGGUAAAUGUAGUAAAUGUAAUCAAAAUUGUGUUAACUGCACAACCAGUUCUACAUAUUGUAUUGAAUGUGAUUUAUCAUUAAUGAGAAUACUAGAUACUACAACUCAAACCUGCAUCUGCAAGCCUGGAACUACUGAAAUUAAUGGCUUAUGCUAAGUUUGUGAUAUUACUUGUUAAACAUGCCAAAAUUCAAUCACUAAUUGCACUUCUUGCAAAAUUUUGAGAUUGUUAUCUAAGAAUUAAUGUAAAUGCAUAGAUGGUACAUAUGAGAGUGGAAAUGAUAAAUAGUGUUUAUUUUGCGAUCAAAGUUGCUUUACAUGUAUAAACCAAUAGAACUAUUGCACAUCAUGUUCAGCAGAUAAAAAUAGAAUCCUUUUAACUGGAAAUGUUUGCAUCUGCUAAGAUGGAUAUUAUGAAGAUUCAGUUACUUUAAGUUGUAAACCUUGUGAUAAGUCUUGUUUAACUUGUAAAGUAUCUCCUACUUAUUGUCUAACCUGCGAUGCCUCGUACAAUCUCAGUCUCAAUAACUAGAAUAGAUGUGUUUGUUCUACUGGUUUCUAUUUUAAUACUACUACUUUAAAAUGCGAAGCUUGUAAUAUUUCGUGUACUGAGUGUAAGACGUUAACCCAAUGCUUAUAGUGUGAAACAAUUACUCGAUAUUUUGAUUCAGAUAAUUUGAAGUGUCCAUGCAAAGAUGGAUAUUUCGAGGUUAAUUAAAAGAAAUGUUCAAUAUGUGAUUUGAGCUGUAAGACAUGCAUAAAUUCAGCAACAAAAUGCUUAUCAUGUGAACCAACUUAUUUUAGACUUUUAAAUAACUCUAACUAAUGUAUUUGUUCAGAUGGUUAUUAUGAUGUUGGGAUUGAGAUGUGUUAAUUAUGCAGUCCUUAUUGUUAGACUUGCGUGAAGACUUCAACCAAAUGUACUUCAUGUAAUUAACAACAACACUUCAGAGUAUUGAAUGUAAAUUAAUGUAUUUGCUAAAAUGGAUAUUAUGAUAAUGGCUAAGUGAUUUGCCAAACUUGUUCCAAUUAAUGUCUCACUUGUUAGGGAAGAAAAGAUGUUUGUACUAGUUGUGAUACUAAUUAAAAUAGAAUUGAUCAAUCUGUUAUUAAUAAAUGUCCUUGUUCAUCCGGUUUCUAUUCAGAUGAAAAUGAAACUUGCUAAAAAUGCCAUCUUAAAUGUUAAACAUGUAGUUUAUCUCAAGAGAGUUGUAUAAGUUGUUCCAUCUCAACCAAUUCCAAUAGACAAAGCAUCUCUUAAAAUUGUAUUUGUAAAGAUGGGUACUAUGACGACGGCACUUAAAUCGAUUGCUAAAAAUGUGCCAUACGUUGCAAAUUAUGUUAAAACUCUUCAUCGAAUUGUUUAACCUGUUUUAGCAAUCUUAGAGAAGGGCCUCCUCUUUGUAAUUGCAAAAUUGGUUUUUUUGAGAAUUCUUCUUUGAGUUGUGAACCAUGUGAAAAUUAAUGCUAGACUUGUGAAAAGAAUUCUACUAAUUGUUUAUCAUGUAAAGAAGGGAGAUCCACUAAACAAUGUGUAUGUUAAGAUGGAUAUUAUGAGGGUGGAUAGCCUCUUUGUGUUUAAUGCUCGUUUUCAUGCAAAACAUGCAAGGAUUCCCAAAUAAAUUGUUUAAGUUGUAAAGGAGAUCGGAUUAACAUUCCUACUUGUUCAUGUCCUGAUGGAUUUUACGAUGAUUAUGUGAAUGAAUCAUGUUAAGUUUGUGAUGGGUUAUGCAAAACUUGUAAUAUAGAUGGUUGUCUAACUUGCAAUGGCAAUAGGGUCUUAACUUCAGAAAUGACUUGUGAAUAACCACCAAAUUCUGUGAGUCAUCCUGAUACCCCAUGGUGUUCAACUUGUUAAGUUGCCGUAAUUGAUAUUAGAUUUUCUGAUGACUUGCUGUCUAUAUAAGUAAAGUUUGACUUUACUUUGAAUCCAUAAUUUUUUACUACUUAAUUUUCAGAUAAUGUUUGCUUAUUAAUAUUAGAAAAACAAACUUAUUAAUCACUUGGUAAGAAUCCUAGUUGCUAUAUUGAUCCUGCUGAUGAUACUAAGUUAAUUUUGAGGGUAGGAAAUUCACCCAAGAUACUUCCAGGAGAUAAGAUUCUAUUUUAUGAUAGCUAUUUCGGUCAUGAAGAAUGCGAUAAAAAGUUAAGUGUUUUUAUCUUCAAUUAUGUUAAAAGUCCGAUAAGCCCUGUCUCACCAAUUAUAAUAUAUGAUUUACCCACUUAUCUUAUAAAUCCUUGCGAUGAUAAUACAAUAUCCUUGAGAUCAAAAUUGAACGAUGGACUUAGAGGUUUUAUUGAAAUAAAAUGGACUUAUUCUGUAGAUGGAUCUAACGGUAAUGGUGAUCUUGAUAACUUUGUUGCUUUAUUAACUAAAUUAUAGAUUUUAGAAUUAGUUAUCCCAUUGUAAACACUACCAAAACAGUCCAAAAUUACUUUCUAUUUAGACUUUUAAAAUUUUGUUGGCUAAAAAAGUAUACAAAAAAUUAAACUGGAAACCCAUUCUGGUCAAUUUCCCACCAUUCUUUGGAUUUCAAAGUCUAUUUAUUUUAAUUUUGAAACCAUUGUUUUGGAAUUUUUAAUUAAAAAGAAGGAUUGUUCUGAAUAGGCAGCAACAACUUAAGUUGAUAAUUCUGAAUAUUCUGUGUCCUUAGUUGAAGUUUAUAGAAAUGAGUCCAAUUCAAGACCAUCAAGGGUAAAUUAUUCAGAAAUCACACGUCAAAGUAGUUUUAAUGUGAUUAUUUAAAAUUAUACCUUGACUUCUAGAAUUUCAUAUACUUUUGAAUAAACAACAUUUGAUGCUUUAAUGAACUUUUCAAUCAAAAGAAACAUAACAAUUGACAUUAGCUCAGGAGGUAUACUUUGUUAAUUCAAUGGCACUAAAAAGAUUCAGAAUUAUAGAAAAGAAACUUACAUAUUCAUAUCAUGUAAAGAUUUAGACACUUAAUAUGGAUGGAAUGAGGAUACUGGUAUUUCAUUAAAUGUUGAGUGUGCUGACUUGACUAUGAAUUCCCUUUGCUUGGAUUUAAAUAAAAAAAUAAUCCAAAUCAACAAAACUGAUAGUAUCCAAGUCAUUCCAAAAUAAACUAUUAAACCUUACACGAUUUAAAGUUGGUCUGUAGUGGCUACAAAAAAAUAACACUCAUAUAAAUUUAAAUAAAAUAUCGUCUAUUUAGAUAAUGAUUUUAAAUUAUUAAAUGUUACUUAUAGUAAAGGAUAUUUAAUGAGGGGAAUCAAUAACUAUGAAAAUCUGGAGUUCAUCAUUAAUAUUCCUUUUGAAGAUAGGUAAUACCUUCUAGAGUAUCAAGUAGCUAUUAUUUAUAACUUCUAACUUGUAUAGAUACUAUAAUCGGAAUACUUUUAAUAAUAAAUUCGUAUUUUUGAUUACUUUUAGGAAUUUACAAAAGGAGAUAAAAUAAAUCUAAAAUUUUUAGCUUAGUUUACAAAUGAAAUUAUACCUAGCCAAGAAGAUUUAUAAAUAAAUGUUAAUUAACCUCCUAAUUGUUUAGUGAGCUUAAGUGAAUAAACUGUUGAAGCAUUGAAACUUUAAAAGGUAAUUACCAUUUGCGAUUUUUCUGAAUCAGCUCCAUUUACAUACUAAUUGAGAUAUUUUCUUCACAAAUAAGACUUGAUUGAUUUUUAGAAUAGAACAAAUGAUUAUUCAUUAAUUUUGAGCAGUUAUUCAAGUUCAUAUACUAUAGAAGCCACUUUUCCGUUUAUUGAUGGCAUUCUUCUAAUAUAAGCAAUGGAUUCUAAAGGAUCUUACUUAAAUAUUGAGAAAUAGUUAAAUAUUACAAAGACUUUGCUCAAUUGUUCCGAGAAUAAUAUUAAGUAAUAUAAUUUAAAAUACAAAAUUUCAUUAUUAUUAGAAAUUAUAUUGAACCAUUAUGACUAAUAAAAUUGUAUUACUUUAUCUAAUUUGUUAUAUUCAAAUAUAUAAACCUAUUUGGGAGCUGAUAAUAUUGAUGAUCAAUUAUUAGUGUAUCAAACUACUAAAUUGUAUAAAAGAAUAAUUCAAGAUCAUAAAGAUUCUAACUCUUCGAUGAGAUUAUUAAAUGAAAAUUCAGGGAGUUGUUUUGAAAAUUCCACAUAAGCUUUUUAUGUCAAAUUUGCAAAUGUUAAUACUUCAUUAACUGUUACUCCGUCUAGUUUGCAAGCAGAAUUAAAAUAAAUUAUGUCUGUUGCUCAGAAAAUGAUAAAAAAAUCUGCUGAUUAUAAUGAUUAAAUUCUCUAAAAUGAGGUAUUCUUGGAUGAAAAAAUCUAUUAAAAAAGAGUAGCCAUUAUAGACUCUUUAUCAGUUAUCUAACUUUUAAUUGAUGAUAUAUUCCUUAAGAUUCCAGAAGCCACUAUCAAUUCUAAUUCAGAUAAAGAAUCGAUUAUUAAUACUGCAGAGGGUUUAAUAAGCCUUAUUGAAAAGAUUGCAAUUUAUGUUAACGUACAAGUAAAGGUAAAUGGACCUCAAUUAAUUAAUAAUGGACAAAUUUUAAAAUGGUAAUUAUCCAAAAUUACUAAAGAAAUGUUAAAUAAACAAUUUAAUAUUGAAAGAGAUUUAUUAGAUGGAUUGAUUGAUUUUGUUCAAAAGGAACAAAUAGAAUUAAAUUACAACUAUUUAAAUCUAUCUCAACAAUUAUAAGCCCAAUUGCAAGUAUUCUUUAAUUUAACUAAUCUCGAAAUAAAUGAGAAAGCACUGAAGAAAACUAAUUUAUAGAAUCAUCUUUAUAAUGGUCGCUAUAUUGAUUAUCAAUCUUCACUUAAAUAAUACAUAAUAGAUAUGCUUAAAAUUUCAUAUUGCUAAGAACUGGUUCCUUAAGAUAAACUCUAUUCAUAUGGUUGCGUUAAUAUCGAUAAAGAUGGAAAAUUCUAUAAAUGUGAAUUAUCAAAUGAAGAAAUUGAUAAUAAAACUGUAUAAAUAUCUUGUAAAUGCGAAUAAUUAGGUAGUAUAAUUUUAAUUUAAUAUCCCAAUAAUUCAGUUAAAUAAUAAAAUAUCUCCAUUUAUACUCAAAAUGAAAAGGUAAUUAAGGAUAAUAAUCUUAUGUUAAACGAAUAGCCAAUUUUACUAUUUCAUGGAAUUUUUAUUGCUUUUUCUUACUUCAUUUAUUUUGAAUUAGUCUCAAUUGAGAUAAAAUAAAAACAUACUCCAUUAAAUUCUAGAAUAGAUUCGGAGUUUAGUAUGGAUGAAACCCAUAUAUAAGGAAAACCUAAGAUAUUCCAUUUUUAUCCAGGAACUGUUGCAGUAUUCAAAAUAUCCUUCAAAUUUAUCCAUGAAAUAUUAUCUUGCUUUUAUACUUAAAAUUCAAUUCUUAAAAAAAGUUAUCAUUUUUUAUAAUUAUCAGUCAAAAUAGGCAUGUUAAUCCCAAUUUCAUUUUUGGAAAUAACUUUGCUUGAUGAAACUACAUUAUUUGCAAUUUUCAUCAUAAAUUGUGGAACAUUUUUAAUAUUUAGAAUGAUUCUAAAAAUACUUUAGUCGAUUUACAGAUUUGGGGGAAAAUUGAGUAUUUUGAUUAUCAUCAUAUAUCUCCUUAUACAUUUCUUAUGCUAUCUUGAAUUCAUUCUAUAAUUGAAGCAAUGUGAAUAAGACCUUAAAAUUAUCAAUUUCGAAAUUUCUCUUUUUUUAAUAGGCUCACUCUUUUAAUUUUAUGUCAUUUUGGAUCCAAUUAUGCUAUUCUUAAGGAUCAUUAUUUUCAAGCAUAUCACCUUUUAAAUGAGAAAUUAAAUAAUUAAUCCGUUGAAUUAACUUGUCUACUUUUUUGUCUAACACUAAAAACUAGAUGAACUCUUUCACUACUAUGCAAUAAUGUGA